CCUUGUCUUUUCCUCCUUCCAGCGCCCGGUUUUCCUUCCCCUCCCCCUCGCCACCGACGGAGUUCUUCCUUUAGAGACCGGGUUGCCCUGUUGUCGUCGCGAAGAUUUUUUUCCUACUGCUACUGCCUCUGCCGCCACCGCCGCCACCGGGCUCAUUUCCCCGACCCCUUCCCGCCGCCCCAUCCCCAACCCCACACAAGAUGUCAGAGGAUCUAGCAAAACAGCUGGCAAGCUACAAAGCUCAACUCCAGCAAGUAGAAGCUGCAUUAUCUGGAAAUGGAGAAAAUGAAGAUUUGCUAAAAUUGAAGAAAGAUUUACAAGAAGUUAUAGAACUAACCAAAGACCUCCUGUCAACUCAACCAUCAGAAACUCUUGCAAGUUCAGAUAGUUUUGCUUCUGCUCAGCCCACUCAUUCAUGGAAAGUCGGAGACAAGUGUAUGGCAAUCUGGAGUGAAGAUGGACAGUGUUACGAAGCGGAGAUCGAGGAGAUAGAUGAAGAAAAUGGCACCGCUGCAAUUACCUUUGCUGGUUAUGGCAAUGCUGAAGUGACUCCACUGUUGAACCUGAAGCCUGUAGAAGAAGGAAGGAAGGCAAAGGAGGACAGUGGGAAUAAACCCAUGUCAAAAAAGGAAAUGAUUGCCCAGCAGCGUGAAUACAAAAAGAAGAAAGCUUUGAAAAAAGCACAGAGAAUAAAAGAACUUGAACAGGAAAGAGAGGACCAGAAGGUGAAAUGGCAACAAUUCAACAACAGAGCCUAUUCUAAAAACAAAAAAGGCCAGGUAAAGAGGAGUAUUUUUGCUUCACCUGAGAGUGUUACUGGCAAAGUUGGAGUAGGAACUUGUGGAAUUGCUGAUAAACCUAUGACACAGUAUCAAGAUACCUCUAAAUACAAUGUCAGGCAUUUGAUGCCUCAAUAAUCAGAAAAACUGUUGGAUUUCAUCUCUGCAGGGCUUUACAUUUACCUUUUUAUCCUUAUAUUUUUCUAAAGGUAAAUUAUUUGUUAGAUGAGUAAGGAAGAUAUCAUUGUUGUCAUUGUUUGACUUCAAUAGAAUGAAACUUGAAGAAAUUGCAUUUGAUAACUGCUAUUCAUUUAACUUUUCAUUUAUACUACCACAGUUCCCUCAGAGUUUGUUGAAUAAGGCAACUUUUCUAGAUAGAUGCUGCUUAAAUCAGCACUUAAAAUGAAUUGUUGAUCUUCCUAAUAUCAGGCCCCCCACUUGAUGGUGUAAACUUUUUGUAAGUCAUAAUUUUAAUUUUCAAACACUUUGAACUUGACACAUAUUCUAGCAAUUCAUUUGGAACAUCAAGACAAAACACCAACUUGCUAAGGAGAUCUUUUUGGGGUUUUCCCCCUUUGUCUUCAACUUUAAAACUGAGCUCUUAACCAGACAAGCCAAAAUAUGGGUUAAUUUGUAAAUGGUAAAGUUUGUUUGAGGUUUUUUUCCUUCAAUAACUUGUUUUCUAAGCCUGUACGCCAUCUCUUCAAAAUUGAUCUAGAUUUUACUUUUAUUCACUGAGUUAGUUUUAUGUAAGAAACCAUGUUAGGAUGAGCUACCUUUCUAAGGUGUUUUUUUUUGGUGUUUUGUGGUUUUGUAUGUUUGCUUUUUCCUUUGUCAGUUUUUCACAUAUGGUUAGUGGUACCAUUUUUGGAUGUGUAAUGUUUAUAUGGGAAAACAAAAAGCUGAUGUAUAGCCCUGUAUACAGUGUAGAUACUAUUUUUGUAAAAAACCAAGGCUAAAUUAAUGAACAAGAGUACUGAAUGUUUCAUCAUUAAAAUUUCUUGUAUUUCUUGUGCAUUAAUCUGACCAUAAUUUCCCUGUAUAUUAUGUUCAUGUAGCUGAGUUUUUAAUUUUUAUUAACUAGAUCAAGUUGCCAGCAUUUGUUGGUGUGACAUCAGUUAUCCUGAGUUGAGUUAAAGCCAAAUACAUGCAUAGAAAAGGGUCUUCCUAUUAAUGGGAGAUGAUUUUUAGAAUGUGUGUUAAUUUCAGUUUUGUAUGUUUAACUUUUAUUAAAUAAAGUGUUUUUAAAAUCUC